AUGGCCCAAGCGGAUGGCUCGCCGCGUCAAACGAGAAAUACGUCAGAUGAAGCAUCAAUGUUGGGAAACGCGUUGAGCACGCGCCAUAUAGAGGCGUUCGGGCGUAAAGUCACAACAACAGCAUCACAUCUCAUCUCAGACUCUAGAAAUAGCGAGCACUAUCAGAAUGCCAUGUCACAACUGCAAAGAGAGCUACGGCGGCCUACAUUCCAAACAAGCAUAUUUGCCCAAGCCCGAGCUUCGCCAACAGAGCUUGUGCGAUCGAAGCUCUCCGUCAAUGAGAUGAAGCACCGGGCUUUAUCGUAUUUGCCCGAUGAUGUACUCAAGGAUAUUCCUGAGGACGACAAUGACUACUCUCUUUUCCAAGGCUUCCAGGCUACGGUACCCGAAAUAGAGGAGAGUGAGCACAGGAAGAAACAUCGACGGCAUGGCACCAGAAGGCGACUGCUUCUAGAGCAUAGUGAAGAUGAUGCCACCCCUAUCGCGUUGACUAAAAGAGAACGUCACAGAGUACAUCGCAACUUGGAGAUGAUGGAAGUGCGGAAGAACAUGUGCUCAACGGAAAUUCGGGAAGUCGAUGCUAAGAUCUCAAAUCUCAACAACAUGCGGAAGGUCAUACUUGGCAGGCUCGAAGACUUGGAGCAGGAAGAAGUGCAAAUGGCUCAAGACCUCCGAGACAUUGACGAUAAACUCGAAGAUCUCCUUGAAGAGGCUGAAGAAGUUGCUACUUUGGCGCCUACAGCUACGCCACCAACAGAAGCUGAAGUUGAGCCGGAUCUCACUGAGGAAGAAACCUCGUUCAUGUCCCAAUCGAUCUACGAAAAGCUUCCCUCUCCAAAAUCGAAGCGCCACAAGCCUGCUCGACGGAAAUCCACAGCGAUACGACAUGAGCACUUUGAUCCUGGCACAUCGAUUAGAGAAAUACAAGCUCACAACGACAUGAUCACCUCGCUCGACUUCGACGCCCCGUUUGGUACCAUGGUCUCCUCUGCCUUCGACGAUACAGUCCGUGUGUGGGACCUGAAUCUGGGUCGGUGCAUUGGCCUCCUUGAAGGCCAUCAGGCGUCAGUGCGCUGCUUACAAGUAGAGGAAAACUUUGUCGCGACAGGCUCCAUGGACGCCUCCAUCAGGUUAUGGGAUCUUGAUCAGGCAGAAUAUGCGCCUAGAGAGAACCGCGCAUCCGAAUCCAAAUUCCAUGACGAAGAUAAUGGGACUGAGGAAAAAGUACCCGCUGCUGCACAGGUCAGCAGCACAGCAGAUUGCCAUGUUCAUACCCUGAACGCGCACGUUGCUGAAGUUACCGCUCUGCACUUCAAAGGCGACACCCUCGUCUCUGGCUCAGCGGAUAAAACGCUACGUCAGUGGGAUCUCGCGACUGGGCGGUGCGUUCAAACUCUCGACGUCCUCUGGGCAGCAGCUCAAGCCUCUGCCACCAUCGGCAACACCACCUCAUCAUCCCCAGACCCGUCUGGGCGAGGGGGCCCUGUUUCUUCAUGGCAGAACGCCGGCUCGCGCGUCCCAGAUUCAUCGGCUGAUUUUGUUGGUGCUCUGCAAUGCUUUGAUGCGGCGCUUGCUUGUGGAACAGCAGAUGGGAUGGUCCGGUUGUGGGAUCUCAGGAGCGGACAGGUGCAUCGAAGUCUGGUUGGGCAUACGGGGGCUAUUUCGUGCUUACAAUUUGACGAGCGGGUGUUAGUUACUGGAAGUGCAGAUCGAAGUAUAAGGAUAUGGGACCUUCGAACCGGUUCUAUUCGUGAUGCUUACGCCUACGACAACCCUGUCACUGGCAUGAUGUUUGAUGCCCGGCGCAUUAUUGCUGCAGCUGGCGAAAGUGUUGCAAAAGUGUACGACAAGACUGAUGGUAGACACUGGGAUUGCGGUGAAAGCACGGCUGAGAAUGAAGCCAAUGCAAGCAUAGUAGAGCGGGUGCGGGUGCGGGAUGGAUACCUUGUGGAGGGAAGGAAAGAUGGCGUGGUUGGAAUCUGGAGCUGCUAA